AUGGAGCUGCGGCUGCUGGAGACGGGGCGGCUGGUGCAGACGGAGCUGCGGCUGAAGACCGAGCUUCGGCUGUUGGAGACCGAGUUGGCGGCUGGAGACCGGGCGGUGACUGGCUGGCGGCCGAGGUGGGGGAAGGCUGGUGUACCCCACCGGGAGGGGGGGGGGGGGGGGGUAUGGACAGAAAAGGGUGGGUGGAUGAGGGGUAUAAACAGCGGGGGAGGGGGGGGAAGGGAACGGCUUGGAACCGAAGUCGGCGACGGAGGGUGGCGAGGAGCGGCGACGGGGGUCGGCGCCAGGAACCAGAGGUCGGGGCUGGCGGUCGGGUCGGGUCGGCGCCGAAGGUCGGCGACGGCGACAGGGGCCGGGGACCGGGGCAAGAAAGAGGGAAAGAGGGUAGGGAGAGAGAGAGCCGUUAGAUCGGCGCCAGAGGUUGACGCUGGGGACCGGAGGUCGGGUCGGAUCGGCGCCGACGGUCGGCGACGGCGAUGGGGGCCGGGGACCAGGGUUUUUUGA